CUCUCCAUUUGGUGUUUAUAUAACUCAAUACUUGCCCUCAUUCUUCCAUUCCUCAGCCUUUCCAAUUUUUUUUUUUGUCAUCUCUCUCAAGUCUCCUCGGGAUCUGAUCCGACAGCUCGACAACCUUGACUAUAGUUGGGGGGUUCAAGUCCCGAGGACAAGUAUUGUUUUUACAGUGUUUUGUUUGUCUUGUUUUGUGUUUCUCGCAGAUCCAGCAGGUUCCUCUAUCGUUGGAACAAACCCUAGAAUUCAUUUCAUACCCCAACUUGAACUCUCUCUCAAUCUUUAUUUGGAAGAAAAUAAGGUUUGCUCCUUGAAAGAAGAUUCUGAGUCUACCCAGAUCUGGGUGUUGCAAAUUUAAGGAUCUUUGUUGUCUGAUCUGUCUUGGUUUCUAGGCGGACGAGAAUGAAUACUUUUUCACAUGUUCCUCCUGGUUUUCGUUUCCAUCCCACUGAUGAAGAACUUGUUGACUACUACCUUAGGAGAAAAAUAGCAUGCAGAAGGAUUGACCUAGAUGUUAUCAAAGACGUUGAUCUCUAUAAAAUUGAGCCAUGGGAUCUCCAAGAAUUAUGCAGAAUAGGAACUGAAGAGCAAAACGAGUGGUACUUUUUUAGCCAUAAAGAUAAGAAAUAUCCAACUGGAACUCGCACAAAUAGAGCAACAGCAGCAGGAUUUUGGAAAGCAACUGGAAGAGACAAGGCUAUUUAUUCGAAGCAUGACUUGAUAGGCAUGAGGAAGACCUUAGUCUUUUAUAAAGGUCGAGCUCCAAAUGGACAAAAGUCAGAUUGGAUUAUGCAUGAGUAUAGACUUGAAACAGAUGAAAAUGGGACUCCUCAGGAAGAAGGUUGGGUUGUAUGUCGAGUGUUCAAGAAACGGCUAACAACCACCCGGAAACUAAGUGAGCACGAUUCACCAAUUUGGUAUGAUGAUCAAGUUUCAUUCAUGCCCGACUUGGAUUCCCCAAAGCACAAUUCUCAGCCUAACCUGACCUACCACCACCACCACCCUUAUCCCUGCAAGAAAGAGCUAGAUCAUUUGCAGUACCAAAUCCCUCAUGGUAACUUCCUCCAUCUCCCACUCUUAGACAGCCCAAAACUGCUUCAACCAACACCAACAAUGGCCACAUAUGGACUUGACAUGAACCAUGGAAACACUCUACAAUCCUCAUCACUCACGCAAGAGGAACAUAACUUCAAUUCAGUCUAUGGAGGCAACAGUAACAACGAGCAAGCGGUGGACCAAGUGACAGAUUGGCGUGUUCUCGACAAGUUUGUUGCUUCUCAGCUCAGCCAUGAAGAUCUGCCAAAAGAAAAAGACUACCCAAAUGCUGCAAACAUGUUUCACCCAUCUGAGCAAUCAAAUUUACUUAUCCAACAGUUGAACAAGCAAGAGAUUGGCCCAGAAAAUGCCUCAACAUCGACCUCCAGUUGUCAGAUGGAUCUGUGGAAGUGAAGGGAAAUAAAAAUAAAUAUCGGUACAUACUGAUCAAAUAUAGGAGGUUCUUGUUGUACAUAAUAAGACUAAAUCAAGAUAACAUUUUAGCCGUUGAGCCUCUGGUUAUCAUCAAGUUAAUGUUUUACCAAAUUACUAGUCAGUCUACAACCGUAUAUAUAUAUGGUAAGGUAAGCUAUAUUGUUUGUCAUUUGGACUAUGGAGCUGAAUGUGACUGGGAUGGACUUUGAAACCCCCAGUACUCUGAUUUAAUGGCUGUUAUUUGUAGCCAAUGAUCUGAUCUGACAGCCACAAGUGCUGUUUAUGGAGUCAGCCUGUGGACUAUCACAUACUAUGUGUUUGUAUGUUCAUCUUGAAAUAGUAUUAAACAAUGUUUUGUAUUUGUUAUUGAAUCCAUAAAAUUGUUCU